AUGAACAAGUUCAAUAGUUUUAUUUUAAUUUUAGCUAUUAUUUCUAUAGCAUCAUCUAAAAACCUCUUUGAUCCUAAAAGCUUAGAAAUUAUCAGGGAUGAAGUUAAUGAGAAUGGAGAAUAAGACUUCUGUUAAUAUAAAGGAGGUUGGGAUGACUCUAUUUCUACUUAAAAUGGUGAUUUUAUUGAUGUAGGUGAAUUUCAUGCUUCAGUCGAAGAAUAUGAUAACGGAGAGUAUCAAGUCACUGCCAACUAUAAAAGAAUUUUCUUUAAUAGAGUAGAAUUAGAUGAUGACUAAUACAAUUUGCAAAAGGUUAGUGAUUCUGGAGAGUUUAUAUAUGUUGGAAAUGUUAAGAAUGAUGGUCCUGUUACUUAGCUUAGUGUUUCAAACAUUGUGAAGAGAAAACUAAGAAAAAUAAUCUAAUAUUUUGAUUGA